AUGCCAAGAAUACACGGGAAGAUCAAGGACCUGUCUCGAUUCGACGCUCAGUUCUUCAGCAAAUACCCGAAGAUGGCUCACCUUAUGGACCCACAGUUGCGACUGCUGUUAGAGACGUCGUACGAGGCCGUCAUCGAUGCCGGUUACGACCCGGAGACGCUGCGGAAGCGCAAGGUCGGAGUCUUCGUUGGAAAUACGAACGCGGAGACAGCCGAGGCUUUCAGAGCGAACCCGGCGAAGAUGUCAGGCUACGCCACACUAGGAAGUCAUCGGACCAUGUUUUCCAAUCGAAUUUCCUACUCGCUUGACCUACGGGGACCGAGCAUGACUAUUGACACAGCCUGCUCGGCAACGAUGACCGCCCUGAACGAAGCCGUGGUGGCACUUCGCUCCGGACGCUGCGAGGCGGCCAUCGUUGGAGGAUCGAGCAUCAACCUCAGUCCCAAUGUUAUGGCUAACCUAAUUAACUUGGGAGUGCGGUCAACAGUUGGAAUAAGCAGACCCUUCGAUUCAAACGCUGAUGGCUACGUUCGCAGUGAAACUGUUGGAGUAUUCUUUCUCCAACGGUUUUGUGACGCCCGACGUGUGUACGCCAAGGUGGUCAACGUCAGCGCGAAUACAGAUGGUUUCAAGGAAGAAGGUGACUCUGCGCUACUGGGUAUUCCCUUUCCGUCAGUCAGCGGGUACGAAAACCUUCUCCGUAAUGUAUACACUGAGGCUAAUGUGGACCCGCGGGAAGUAGUUUAUGUCGAGGCACACGCAGCCGGAACCAAGGCUGGCGGCAGACAGGAGUUGGAGGCCAUCAGCAACUUCUUUUGCCCACCAGGGUGUCAGCAGCCACUCAAGGUUGGGUCUGUCAAGAGUAAUAUGGGACACUCGGAGGCCGCAUCCGGUGUCUCCGCUGUGGCCAAGGUGAUCCUCGCCAUGGAGACGGGCACCAUAGCGGCCAAUCUACACUUUAAGGAUCCGGACCCGGACAUACCUUCUUUGCACGAUGGACGCAUUGAGGUAGUUGAUAGGCCAACGAAAUUCGAUGGCGGCCUUGUAGGCAUCAACUCGCAAGGCCUUGGUGGUGUAAACGUGCAUCUCAUCUUAGAGGCCAAUUCAGGCCCACAUGUGGACAGCCUUCCGCGUCUGAAGCAAGAUCUUCCGAGGCUAGUUCUCAUGGCUGGAAGGACCAAGAAGUCGCUAAUGUGCACACUGGAUCGACUAGAGGCAGAAGGACCGUACCCGGACUCCGGGUAUGCGCUCCUCAAUCGAGUCGGGCAGCCAAGCGUGCAUCUGUUCCCGUAUCGAGGCUUUGCAGUCGUGCCCGUGAACAACACGAACACGGAGGUCGUUAAAGUUGUGCAGAAGGCUCCGUCCGAGAAACGGCCCAUCUGGUUUGUCUUUAACGGCACGGGCUGCCAGUGGAACGGCAUGGCGCGCCAGAUGAUGCACUUUGACAUCUUCGCCAACUCCAUCCGCGAGUCGCACGCACUUCUGCAAGAGCGAUUCGGACUCGACCUGAUGGAUUCGUUGACCUCCGACGAGCCCCGUUCUGAGGCAGUUGCCGGAAAAAUAGCCUCAAUCGCUGCAAUUCAGAUCGCGCUAGUGGAUAUACUUCAGGCUUUGGGCGUCAAGCCUGACGGCAUGCUGGGCCAUUCUUCUGGCGAGGUUGGCUGUGCGUAUGCGGAUGGAGGCUUGACCGCUGAGCAGUUUCUUCUUGCCGCAUACUGGCGAGGUCGCUGCAUAGAACUGGACUAUGCGUUCGAUGGAGCCAUGGCUGCAGUAGAUCUCAAGUGGGAUGAGGCGAGAAAACGCUGCCCUCCUGAGGUGUACCCUGUGUGCCACAAUGCUCAAGAUUCUUUGACACUGUCUGGUCCCACCGAAGCCAUCGAAAAGAUUGUCGCACAACUUCAAGCUGAGAACAUCUUCGCCCGCAAAGUAAACAGCAUGGGCGUGGCCUUCCACAGCAAGCACGUGCACAGCAUCGGUCCGGCCUUUCGAGAAGCCCUAAACGAGGUCAUACCACAGCCAAAGCCGCGCAGUGAGCGCUGGAUCAGCACGUCAGUGCCAGAGAGCCAGUGGCACGAACCUGGCUCGCAACUCUGCUCUGCUGACUACAUCACCAGCAACUUUUUAAACCCCGUGCUCUUCGUGGAGGCCCUCGCCCACGUGCCCAAUGAUGCUAUCUUGUUGGAGAUUGGACCACACUGCCUCAUGCAGGCGAUCAUGCGACGUGCUUUGGGCCCCGACGCCAGCUGUCUUGGCCUCAUGAAGCGGAACGCCGACAACCUACAGUACUUCCUGAGUUCUCUGGGUAAACUUCACAAUCUUGGGGUCGAGUUGGACUUGUCUACGCUCUAUCCACCAGUGCCGUGGCCUGUGCCACGUGGUACACCCAACAUCGCACACUUAGUCAGCUGGGACCAUUCCGAAACCUGGGAUGUCGUUCACUGGAAAGAUUUCUCGUCGCAGAAGCAGUUGCAGGCGUUUGAAGAUAUUGAGGAAGUUGACAUCGAAGCCCACAGUGAUAAGUACCUGGUGGGUCACCAGCUAGAUGGAUCUAUUAUCUUUCCUCGUACUGGCUACUUGGUAUUUGCUUGGAAGCUUCUGGCCAGGCACUGUGCAAGGCCUAUGAACGAGACGCCUGUAAUCAUCGAGGACGUCAGAUUUCAGGGUUUAACGAUCCUGCCUUCAACAGAUUGCGUGCGCUUCAAGAUAAGCAUGCUGCCCACGUCUGGCGAGUUUGAAGUGUGCGAGGGUCGAGCGGUGGUUUGCAAAGGCCGGAUCCGCGUGGCCGAAGAAGGCGAGAGGGUACUCCUCAAGGACCCUCCUGGACAGCCUCCAGAGACCGUUGCAUACGAUAUGGACGGUUCUGACGUUUACAAGGAGCUGAGACUCCGCGGAUACCAGUACAACGGAGCCUUCCAGAGUGUCCUCAAGGCUAACUCACAGAAAACAUACGGAAAACUGAAGUGGGAGGACAACUGGGUGACCUUCCUUGAUGCCUUGAUUCACAUUAGCGUCAUCUGGAACCCACAAAGAAGAUUCCAGCUGCCUGUCAGGAUACAGUCGGUCCGCAUCGACCCCAAAGUUCACGCAAAGAUCACCGAAAUAGCAGGGGGUGCAGGAGUGGACGUCGUCUAUAACUCCUAUCAUAACAUGCGCCGUGCUGGUGGCGUUGAGGUACAAGGUGUCGAUGUUAACAGCGUGCAGCGGAACCCAAUCCUCCAGACGCCAAUCAUAGAACAGUACCGCUUCGUCUCUUACCUGGACAAUGAAAUCACCCGUCGGGAUCGCGAGAACCUUUUGCUAGAGUAUGCUGAUGUAUGUGGCUGCAUCAGCCGACGCGCCCUGGAGAAGAUUCAAGAACAGAAACGACCUUCCGACAAAACUUUGAACAGCUGCCUUGAAGUACCAGAAGACUUGCUGAACUCGUACGUCGAAAACAUUGCAGAAAAUCAAGGCUUGCUCCAGCUGCUCGUUAUCAUCGACAAGGAAGUCAACGGAACUGCAUCACUAUCUUCCACGGUGAAAUGUGCACUACUUUCCUCAAAGAAAGCUCUCGAGGAAGACAUCCUGAACACCAGUCUCCUAGAGGAGGACCCCUUGAGAUAUAUCUUUGACAUAGUGGUGGAAAAUAUAAGCUCAAGGAAACUCCGUGUCGUAGAACUGAUGGAUAAACAGAGUGUCACAGCAAUGGCUCCAUGGGUGUCUGCUGUGCUGUCCAUGUACGAUGUGACCCUCAAGACUGAAUACACUGUUGCACACCCAAAUCCGGAGAGCAUCGCACUGGAAGAAGCGCCCGAAGGCACAGCAGUGGUUGUACGAGACCCUCACACCUCUGAGAGGAAAUUGCCCGGGGCUGACUUGGUGAUAGCUUUCUGUGCCAUCAUGAGUGCCUCUGAUGACCUGGUUAGUUUGGCUGAAGAACUGUCUUCGCAGUGCAAGGAACGUGGAUUCGUUCUUAUUUGCCAUCGCACAGCACUGACCACGGCAGAGGCAGUGCUGUCGAGAGUAAGCGGUGUUUCCUUUCGAGUUUACUCUGAGCAGACAACUAUUGCAGCUUUUACAGUUCGUGGACUUCGUUUGGUAGCACAAAAGUCGAAUAACAUAUCGACACUGCUGCUCUUCAGGAAAGUUAAUGUGGCCGUUGACGCCACCAAGCAGGCGGUUAUUAGGGUGCAGAAUGGGCGCUUUAGCUGGGUCGAGCCGCUGAAGGAAAAAGCGGUUGAACACGACAGCAAGCCAACUGGAGAAAACAUCUGGCUACUCGCGGAAGACGCCGGUAAAAGUGGCAUCGUGGGUUUAACCAAUUGCCUUCGAAGGGAGACCAGUGGGCAUCACAUUCGGUACGUGCGCCGGGGGUUGAAAGCAUCGUGUGCGCUUUGUUCUCGACGCUUAGUUGGCGUUGAAGUGCGAGGCAGCACGAAGGUAUAUGCACUCGCUGCUGCUGCUGCGAUUCCUCACUCCACCGUUUUGACAGCGAGCUUCCGCGGUGAUCGAGUGAGGUGUGUAUUUGACGCCAACGUGGAAGGUUCAAACAGUGUAGCCGACUUCAGCCCUACCAACCCUGCCUACAAAGACAUAAUUGAGAAGGAUCUGGUAAUGAACGUCUACCGCGAUGGACAAUGGGGAUCCUACAGGCACCGGUCCGUCGAGUGGUGCUCGGCAGCUGGAGGGGCAAAGACGACCACGCAGUUCGCUUACCUCAACGUCCAGACGCCUGGAGACCUUGCGAGCCUCCAAUGGUACGAGUCUUCACUGGCAUAUCUCUCCCCUUGUGAUAAACUCGGCUCAGAGGAACUUUUCGUCGACGUGUACUACGCUUCUAUCAACCUCCGUGACGUCAUGCUCGCCAGUGGAAGAGCGAACAUGGACACUUCACGCGGUGACAACGUCGCCGAGGAGGCCUUCCUCGGCAUGGAGUAUUCAGGCCGCGACUGGAGCGGACGACGCGUCAUGGGAGUGGUCAGUGGGAAAUCCAUAGCGACCGUGCUCACGGCAGACCCAAUCAUGAAGUGGGAAAUUCCCGAAUCCUGGACCAUGGAAGAGGCUGCCACGGUGCCCGUGGCGUACUCAACGGCCUACUACGCCUUGGUUGUGCGCGGCGAAGUGCAACCUGGGGAGUCGCUCCUAAUACACCGUGGAAGCGGAGGCGUCGGACAAGCUGCAAUCGCAAUUGCCCUUUCGAUGGGCUGCGCAGUCUUUACCACUGUAGCAUCUGAGGAAAACAGAGAAUUCCUCAAGCGGCGCUUUCCAGUGUUACAAGACCGAAACAUUGCAAACUCACAAGACAUGUCCUUCGAAGAACACAUCAUGUGCGAGACUAAAGGGCGGGGUGUUGAUGUGGUGCUUAACUCGUUGUCCGAAGAGAAACUGCAAGCCAGCGUGCGUUGCUUGGCAACGCAUGGCCGCUUCAUGGAGAUCGGGAAGUUCGACUUGUUCGAGAACAAUUAUUUAGGCCUGUCUGUGUUUCACCAAAACGUAAACUUCCAUGGGGUCAUGCUGGACAGCUUGCUGCUCGAUAACACGGCUGCUCUGGCUCACAAGCGCCGUGUCGCACACCUUGUAAGCCAAGGAAUCAAAUCUGGGGUGGUGCAGCCGCUGGAUGUCAUCAGCUUCACCCGACAGCAGGCCGAAGAGGCCUUCCACUUUGCUGCCUCUGGGAAAGAAACGAGGAAGGCCGUGAUCCAGAUGCGGCAAGAAGAGAUCGAGCGUACGACUCGCACAUCUCCGCUGACGCUAGAAGCAGUCGCACGUCCGCACUUCUACCGACACAAGUCUUACGUCAUCGUCGGAGGCCUGGGUUGCUUCGGUCUGGAGCUCGCCGACUGGAUGGUGUCACGUUGCUGCCGCAAGCUCGUCCUGGUGUCAAGGAGCGGCGUGCGCACUGGGUACCAGAGGCUUUGUCUUCAGCGGUGGAGUGACCUGGGGGCCACAGUUCUCGUCAUCAACGACGAAGUCUCGAUGGAGGAAGGUGCUCGCAAGAUUAUAGCGACUGCAGCAACUAUGGGACCCGUGGGAGGGAUUUUCAACUUGGCCACGGUGCUUCGCGAGGCCUUGAUGGAUAACCAGUCGGCCGAGAUGUACACAGAUGUGUGCAAGCCCAAAGUACUGGGCACUCAGUGCCUUGACGACGUGUCAAGAAUUGAUUGUCCCGAACUCGACCACUUUGUCGUUUUCUCCACCGUGUCUUGUGGUCGUGGCAAUGUUGGCCAUACAAGCUACGGCUUCGCAAACUCCGUCACGGAGCGUAUUUGCGAGCAUCGUGUAGCUGAAGGGCUCCCCGGAUUAGCCAUCCAGUGGGGCCCUAUCGAAGACGCCGGCAUUUCUCACGAUGUCAUACGUUGUGACGUGAGACCUUGUGGACUUCUGUCACAGCCAAUAAAUUCAUGUUUGGCGGUGAUGGACUACUUCUUGAGCCAAAGCCACCCCGUCCUCUCGAGCUUGGUCAAGAGAAGCCAGUCCCCAACGACGGAGAGAAGGGAGAAGCGAGAGCUUCUUCAGAGCGUGGCUCACAUAAUUGGCGUCGAAGAUCCAUUGACAAUGAAACCGACCGUCAGCCUCGGCGAGAUGGGUAUUGACUCCGUGCUGAGCAUCGAGGUGAAACAAAUGCUGGAGCGUGACUACGAUAUAGUGCUCUCUGUGCAAGAGAUCCUUAAGCUUACUGUCAGCAGGCUGAAAGAGAUGAGCGCAUCUGGCAGCGACAAUUUACGAGCACCUGAAACAUCGUCUGCAGUCGAAGCAGGACAAGAUCUGGAAUGCCAAGAGUCAACUCCAAGUGGUGAAUACCUCUCUGAAAAACCCCAUCGUUGCCAAGUGUGAACAACUACGUUAGGCUAUCACGAAUCACCUAGUGCAUCAGAGGAUGGCAG